AGACAUAUACUGACUCACGGCACCGGAUGCGCAGCAUGCAGCUAUCGACAAACCACCGUAGAUCAAAACGACACGCCUAAGCGGUGUCAGCGGGAACACGAGGAACACGUGGUGAGCCAAGCGGCUGGCGGCCGGUAAAUCAUUAAUCCAACUAGUGCACGGUGUCCGCCGCGGGGUGCUUUGUCAUGCAGCGUGGCAUGUACUCCCUUCCGUACGGUUGCGAAUCGUCGCCGCGCUACGCCUGCGAAGACGGCGACAUCGUGCUGGUCUCGUAUCCCGGCUGCGGCGUCCACUGGCUCCAGCAGAUCGUCCAGCUCAUCCUCAACUCGGGGCAAAGCGCGUGCGACUACGCCGAGUUCAUGAGGCGCACGCCGUUCCUGGGUAGACUUAACGCUCCAGGACGACGAGGCCACGAUUCCGACCUCGUUGUUCCGAAAGGGCCGCGGACAUUGAAGACUCACUCGCACAUACUUGGCGGCGGUGUCUCGCACUCUAAGGCCAAGUACGUCUACGUGGCCCGCAACCCUUGGGAUUGUUGCGCCUCCCUCUACCACCGUGUCGAGUUCAACCGCUCGACACCAGGCGCCGCCCGCGCACUAGUGCCGCGUUCGAACUUCGACGAGUUCUUCGAUCUCUUCGUGACGGGCAAGUUCAGCUUCGGUGAUUACUUCGACCACGUUCGGUGCGCUUACGAACACCGGAAGGAGGACAACGUCUUUUUCGUCACGUUCGAGGACCUGAAAGCGGACAGGGAGGCCGUCGUACUGAAGCUGGCUCACUUCCUCGGCGAGGAGUACGGCGAGACGCUGGAAAACUGCGACGACGUGUUCGAGAACGUCUGCGAGAAAUCGAGCUUCGAUUACAUGAAGCGAGUGUACGGCGCUCGAACAGAGCGGGGUUCGGAUUCGGCGGUGGCAGCAUCGGCGCCGCCUCCAGCGGGGGCAGCUGGAGACGUACUCGUACCUGGGUCUGAUGCCUUCAAGUUCCUGCAAGAUGGCGACCAGUUUUGCCGCGCUCUUCGGUCGGGCAAAGUGAACGACUGGAAAGAACUUUUCACCCUGGAGCAACGAGAUAGGAUGAAGGCUAGGAUAGCGGAGAAAACCAAAGGGUCCGACAUGAUGAGCCUCUGGAGACUUCAGUCGAGAUACAAAUGCUUGGCCGCGUAUUCGUGAAGUGGUGCGCAUUAAAAACAAUAAUAAAACUAGUAGCUACGUCUGUU